AUGAAUCCAUUGGAAUCCACAUGCAUUAAAAUUGUUAAAAUUAGCAACUGGUAUUCUGCGUCAAGAAUUUCAUUUGAAAAUCAAAGAAUUCCAAAAAUCUCUAGCAAUCAGCUUACUAUUGGCAUCACUAUUUUGGUUAUAUCCAAUUGAAAGCUUAUUCCUUGAAUUUUCCAGAAAAAAGCAAAGAUUCUGCAAAUAUUUAUCAGAAAUAUACAUUGAUGCGAUUUUUCCUUGGAAUUGAUUAUUAAGAUCAGACGAAUUUCCAAUAGUGAUAACAGUGAUGCCAAAAUCUGGGUAAAUUGCAUCUCGCUUUUUCUUACUCCCCCCCCCAUCCUUGAUCGAACGACUCGCCAUCGUUCGAUCAAGGAUGGGGGUUAAAAAAAUUGUUUUGGGAAAAAAAUUUUAUAUAUAUAAAAUAAAAUAUAUAUAUAAAUUUUUUUUUAUUUUACUUUUAAAUAAGAGGGUUUAAGAGUAUUUAAUAAUUAUUUUUACAGCAAAAAAAUGAAUUAAUUUCAUAAAAAUACAAUUUUUUAUAUUUUAAUUUAUUAGUUACCCCUUUUAAAAACUGUAUAAAUUUUUAAUUUGUUACUUAUUAAAUUAAAAUUUGUUUUUUUAAAUUUUUAAAAAAUCUCUAUUUUAUUAGAUUAUUGAGUUUUAAGCUAGAUUGAUGACUAAAUUACUUUGAAUGGUUGAUUCCGAAGCUUUCUAUCGUCUCAAAGUCUCUGAAAACAACUUCAUUAGGGUAUAUCUUCCCAAGCUUUUGAUAACUAUUGUAUUUUUAUAUAUAUAAAAAUUUGCAUGAUAUGAAAAUCGUUCGAUCAAGGAUGGGAGUUAAUUUCCCCAAUUUUUAGGAAUUUUUACAGUCAAUCGUUCGAUCAAGGAUGGGGGGGGAGUUAAUAAAUUCAGAGGGAUAAUCAUCGUUCACAAAUAUCAAAAGAUCAUCUUUUUUCCCUCUCAGCCCUGCAGUUUUCCUUAUUGAAAAUCCAAUCAUAUUUCAUUGAUUAACUUCUAG